AUGCAUUGUGGAGGCACGCGCGAGAUGCGAGCCUCAGACGUAGGCAGACCGCUGAUCAGCGCAGCACUGUGCAGCUGCAUCAUCCACAGCGCGAGCAUCCUACUCAGCAAGCAGAACAUCAUGGAAUCUGCAGAUGUGAUCCGGCUCAUCAUGCAAUACCUGAAGGAGAACAGGCUGUAUCGGACCCUGAGCGCCCUGCAGGAGGAGACCACCGUGUACCUCAACACCGUGGAGUCCAUCGACAGCUUCGUCCUGGACGUCACCCGGGGACACUGGGACGCCGUGCUCCUCGCCAUCCAGUCCCUCAAGCUGCCCCAGGACACGCUGGUGGACCUCUACGAGCAGGUGGUCUUGGAGCUGAUCGAGAUGAGGGAGGUGGGCGCGGCCCGGUCACUGAUGAAGCAGACAGAACCCAUGCUGCUGCUGAAGAGGAGCCAGCCGGGGAGGUUCAGACACCUGGAGGGCCUGUUGACAAGGGCCUUCUUCGACCCCCGGGAGGCGUAUCCGGGCGGCAGCGGGAAGGAUAAGCGGCGGCGAGCCAUCGCCCGGUCUUUGGUGAGGGAGGUCAGCGUGGUGCCACCCUCCCGCCUCAUGGGGCUCCUGGAGCAGGUCGGAGUGAGUGAAGCACUCCUUCAUUAUCCACCUUCAGAUAAAGGGUCUCUAGCUAGACUCCUUCAUACCCUCCUUCAGAUAAAGGGAUACCACAAACGGGAGCCGUUCUCCUCAUUCCGAGGAAGAAAGGUCUCCAUUAUCAUUAGCACGGCGGCUGAGUCACGUUGCAGUCAGCCGCGCAUCACUCAACAGAGCCAGCCGCGUUCCCCCGGGGGGUCUGCGUCAUGGUCUGCCGUGCUGCUCCCGCCCCUACAGUCCCUGAAGCGGCAGCACCAGCUAGCCCUCCUGGCUCCAGGCGUCCCCGAUGGCUCCUCCACCCCCUUCCCCGGCAGCGGCGCAGAGAACGGCCCGGAAGAGGAGGAGAGCUGCCCAUCACGGCUCUACGGCCACAUUAAGUUUGGACAGCAGGCACACGUGAAUUGUGCAUGUUUCUCCCCGGACGGGAGGUACUUAAUCACAGGCUCGGUGGAUGGCUUCAUCGAGGUGUGGAACUUCAGAACCAGGAAGAUCAGUCGGGAUCUGAAGUACCAGGCCCUGGAGAGCUUCAUGAUGAUGGACGCUGCGGUGCUCUGCCUCGGCUUCUGUGCCGACGCGGACCUCCUGGCCACCGGCGCACAGAAUGGCAACAUAAAGGUGUGGAAGCUCCACAGUGGGCUGUGUCUGCGCAGGUUUGAGCGGGCCCACUCCAAGGGGGUGACCUCUCUGAGCUUCUCUAAGGACAGCAGCCUCAUCCUCAGCUCCUCCUUGGACUGCUCCAUCAGGAUCCAUGAGAUGCGCUCCGGGAGGACGCUGAGGAGGCUGUGCGGUCACGCGUCCUUCGUGAACGACGUGUCCUUCACCGAGGACGGCCGCCACAUCCUCAGCGCCUCGUCCGACGCCACGGUCAAGAUCUGGAACACGAAGACGUCAGAAUGCCUCCACACUCUCACCGCACUGUCAGGCCCGGACACCCCGGUCUACAACGUCCUGCCCCUGCCCCGGCACCCUGAGCUCUUCGUGGCCUGCACCCACUCCAGCACCCUGCUGGUGCUGAACCUACAGGGUCAGACGGUGAGGACGCUGAGCUCCGGGCGGACCCAGGGAGGGGAGUUUGUGUGCUGCGCCGUGUCCCCACGCGGGGGGUGGGUCUACUGCGUGGGCGAGGACCGCGUGCUCUGCUGCUUCCGGCUGGCUACGGGACGCCUGGAGAAGACCCUCACGGUCCAUGAGAAGGAUGUGAUUGGCAUUGUCCACCACCCUCAUCAGAACCUGAUCGCCACAUACAGCGAGGACGGGCAGCUCCGGCUGUGGACGCCAUAGGUCAUAGGUUGUCAUGGCUGUAGGGCUGCAAACAAGUAUAAUCUUUCUCUUCAUUUUCAACAAUCCAUUGUUUAUUUUCUUUGAGGUGAGGACUUUAUUCGUGUGGACAAGUUAUUCACGAGGCCAAAAUAAUGACAAUUGACCAGAUCUCAAAGCGACAUCAUGAAUUUGCAAAGGCCACCGAGAAAACUAUUGAAGCAUAAUUGAAUAACCAGAAAGGAGAAACCAACCAACUUUGGGGAUUUUAUCAAGUGAUAAAACAGGAAUUGUUUGGUAAUAAUAGAGCAAAACGGAGCAGAGAAAGGAAGGGUGGAAGGUG